CCAGCUCAUAACAUAUUUCUAAGCUUUUGCUGCAUUUACAAGUCCCUGUCAUCCCUCAUUAUAUCCUUCCGGUACAAAGGCUCUCCUACGUUCAUAUUUCAUAUAUACAUAUAUGUAGUCUUAUAUACAUACAUAUAUAUUCACCAGCCUGCUAUGCUUCAUCAGUUUCAGAAACUUUAUACUUCGCAUUAAAAUUCUAUUUCAUUGCUGUGCGUGUCUCUAUUAUUAACCUUUCAGUUCUUACGUUGUCCCUGUCAUAUAUCUCUCAUUAUAUUGCAAUCUUCAAUUUCUGUAUUCAAAUUUCAUAGCCUUCGCUUGUUUAUUAGCUCUCUGCAAUAUACAACUUAAUUUCUGUCAUCUCUGGUAUUGUAUUGUUGCUGUAAGUUUCCACAUAUCAAAGACUAAACAUGUCUAUGGCACUUGUGACAAAUUUGGAGACAAUGCAUACACUUUUGACUGCUCGAAAGAAUCUUAGCAAACCAAACAAAAAAUGGCAUUUUGCAUUUGUUAGCAUAUAUUGUUCCAGAGCUCUCUUGUCUCACUUCAAAUCCAAUUUGCUUCUUCCCAUCACCACCGACACCAAAAAGAAGAACAAGCCCGAGUUGUCACCUUCUUCCUCCGACACCGUCAUUGAUUUAGACACCGACCAUUCCUUUAGUGUUAAUAAAACCACCCUUAGUCAUCUUGUGAAGGAGAAAAAUAUCGAAACUCUGCAAAAUCUUGGUGGGGUCCAUGGAUUGGUCUCUGCUCUAAAAACCGACGUAAAUUAUGGAGUCAAAGGGGCCGAUGAUAAUGAUGAUAAUGAUGAUCUCAAUGACGUCAUUCAGAGGCGUGUCGCAUUUGGUUCUAACACUUACCCAAAACCACCUACGAGAGGUUUCUUUCACUUUGCUAUUGAAGGCUUCAAGGAUCCAACCAUUCUGAUUCUCUUGGUUUGUGCUGCUCUGUCUCUUGUCUUUGGCAUCAAAGAGGAAGGAAUCAAGGAAGGCUGGUAUGAAGGUGGAAGCAUCUUCGUUGCUGUUUUUCUUGUCAUUGCUGUGUCGUCUAUCAGUAACUAUAGACAGAACAGACAAUUCGACAAGCUGUCCCAAGUUAGCAAUAACAUCCAAGUUGAUGUUCUACGCAGUGGUCGCCGGCAACAAGUUUCUAUAUAUGACAUUGUGGUCGGCGAUGUCGUGAUGUUGAAGAUUGGAGACCAAGUUCCCGCUGAUGGCUUAUUCUUGGAAGGCCAUUCUUUGCAAGUUGAUGAGUCAAGCAUGACAGGUGAGAGUGACCACGUAGAAAUUAACGGAGACAAAAACCCAUUUUUGUUCUCUGGGACCAAAGUGGCUGAUGGGUUUGCCAAAAUGGUCGUUACUUCCGUUGGGAUGAACACGACAUGGGGUCAAAUGAUGUCUACGAUAAGCAGAGAUAACAAUGAAGAAACCCCUUUGCAAGAACGCCUUAAUAAGCUUACUACAGCGAUAGGUAAGGUUGGUUUAGCUGUGGCUUUUCUUGUUCUUGUUGUUAUGUUAGUUCGAUACUUCACAGGGAACACAACAGAUGAGAAGGGGAAUAAGGAGUUUAAUGGGAGUAACACCAAGUUUAAUGAUAUAAUGAACGGAGUUGUGAAAAUUGUUGCUGCUGCAGUCACUAUUGUAGUUGUUGCAAUUCCAGAAGGGCUUCCUUUGGCUGUGACUUUGACGCUGGCCUAUUCUAUGAAGAAGAUGAUGGCUGACAUGGCUAUGGUGAGGAAUCUCUCUGCUUGCGAGACUAUGGGGUCUGCUAACACAAUAUGCACUGAUAAGACUGGGACUCUCACACUUAAUCAGAUGAAGGUGACUAAGUUUUGGCUUGGAAAAGAACCUAUCGAAGGGAAGGCACAUACAUCAUCAUCAAUCAAUUCAAAUGUUCUUCAAUUGAUCCAAGAAGGGGUUGCCCUUAACACAACAGGUAGUGUUUACAAGUCUAAAUUAACAGAUCCUGAAUAUGAGUUUACAGGCAGUCCAACAGAAAAGGCCAUUCUUUCAUGGGCUGUUCUUGAAUUGAACAUGAACAUGGAGGAUUUGGCACAAAACUGCACCACCCUUCAUGUGGAAGCCUUUAAUUCAAAGAAGAAGAGAAGUGGGGUUUUGAUUAGAAGGAAAGCAGACAACAAAGUCCAUGCGCAUUGGAAAGGAGCAGCUGAGAUGGUACUAAGAUUGUGCUCAAAGUACUAUGAUGCUUUUGGAAAUAUAAAAGAACUUGACGACAGCAGCCGGUUGGUGUUUGAGCAAAUCAUUCAAGGAAUGGCGGCUAGUAGCCUCAGAUGUAUUGCUUUCGCACACACAAAUGUAGUUGAAGAAAAUGAUAGAGGAGUCCAAAAGGUAAAAGAAGAUGGCCUUACCCUCUUAGGAGUUGUUGGUAUUAAGGAUCCAUGUCGUCCAGGUGUCAAGAAAGCUGUAGAUGAUUGCCAACAAGCAGGAGUAAAUGUGAAGAUGAUCACAGGAGACAAUGUUUUCACAGCCAAAGCUAUAGCCACAGAAUGUGGUAUUCUCCAUCCAAAUCAAGACACAUCAAAAGCUAUAAUCGAAGGUGAGGUAUUUCGAAACUUGUCUCCCGAAGAGAGACUAGAGAGGGUGGAGAAAAUUUGUGUGAUGGCACGAUCCUCCCCAUUUGACAAGCUCCUUAUGGUUCAAUGCCUCAAACAAAGAGGCCAUGUAGUUGCAGUCACAGGAGAUGGCACAAAUGAUGCACCAGCAUUAAAGGAAGCUGAUAUAGGACUUUCGAUGGGGAUUCAAGGCACUGAAGUUGCAAAGGAAAGCUCAGAUAUAGUUAUCUUGGAUGAUAAUUUUGCCUCAGUUGUGACAGUUUUAAAGUGGGGAAGAUGUGUCUAUAACAACAUCCAAAAGUUCAUUCAAUUUCAACUGACAGUAAAUGUUGCGGCACUUGCAAUCAACUUUGUCGCUGCAGUAUCAGCAGGAGAAGUGCCAUUAACAGCAGUUCAACUCUUGUGGGUGAACUUGAUAAUGGACACCUUGGGUGCUCUAGCUCUGGCAACAGAGAAGCCUACAACGGAGUUACUUAACAAACCCCCAGUGGGUAGAACUGAGCCUCUCAUCACUAACAUCAUGUGGAGAAAUCUCUUAUCCCAAGCUUUAUACCAAAUCACAAUUCUCCUGACAUUACAAUUUAAAGGUGAGGAUAUAUUUGGUGUGAGUUCAGAGGUAAAUGACACAUUGAUUUUCAAUACCUUUGUGUUAUGUCAAAUGUUUAAUGAGUUUAAUGCGAGGAAGCUAGAGAAGAAGAAUGUGUUCAAGGGAAUUCACAAGAACAAGUUGUUUGUAGGAAUCAUAGGGAUAACCAUCAUGCUUCAGGUAUUGAUGGUGGAGUUUCUAAAGAAAUUUGCAGAUACUGAGAGGUUGAAUUGGGGGCAAUGGGGUGUUUGCAUUUUAAUGGCAGCUAUUUCUUGGCCUAUUGGUUGGGUUGUGAAGUUCAUUCCUGUCCCAAGAAAACCAUUGUUCAGUUUCUUGAACAUGAAGAAGAAGCAAUGAACAUAAUUGCUUGCAUAUAUAGGACUUUAAUGGGAUCUAAUAUUUGUCAUCGAUGGUUUGAUCUUUUGUAUUUUUUUUCACUUUCUUGUGUAUAAAGAAAACCCCAUUCAUUAAUUUUUAAUUAUUAUAUAUUUGAUUGAUUGUAAGUUAAUAAACGGUUUGAUUUAGAGGAGCACAUAGAAUUGUUAUAUCUUAUAUAGUUCUUUCUAUGUAGUUGAAUUUUUAUGUAUUUAACAUUCGGACACCAAAUUUUAUAAUCUGAAGCAUAAUAGAUCAAAGACAAAGAGUCUCAAAGUUACUCAGAUUAUAAGACCAGCAUUUUGACCAGGACAACUUGUUGUCCUUGUUGAAGAACAAUAAUGUCAACUAUUAUGA